ACUUGACUGUAAAGUAACGAGGUGUGGAGCCGUGAAGAGUAGCAGUAGAGGGGAAGAGAGAAAACACUUUAUAAGUGAUCGUAGUAAGUAUUGUAUGUAUGCGCGUUCAGUGCAAGCGACACAGCAAGACAGCUCCGCACGUUCGGCGUUCAAGUGUGUAAAAUUUUGCGUUCAUCACAGUCAGUUUAUUAUUUUACCCCUCUGCAAUUAUGGUUCUCUGCAAUAUUGAGUGUGUUCAAAGAAUAUCUCAGUAUCUCGACAUCUCACCUGGGAGACUUUACGUUUCCGAGAACAAUGCUGUUACAUCCGAUGAUUUGAUAAAAAACCAAUGCACCGAAGGAUUUAGUACAAUUGUUCAAGCUCUUGUUAAAAAUUCUAAAUAUCCUGCAAUUUUGGGUGAUGAUGCUGUUACACAAGCUCUUACUCGACAGUGGCUCGAAUAUGCAGUGCUUUGUGUUAAUUAUGCAGAUAACUCAAUUAAUGAAAAAAGAGUUUUGAAGGAACUGAAUACUGUGUUAAAAAUGAGUACCUAUGUUUCUGGAACCAAAAAGACUAUUGCAGAUAUUACUCUUUAUUAUGCUGUACAUGGAAUUAUGCAAAGACUAUCUUUCCAAGAAAAAGCUGAACAUGUCCAUGUGUCAAGAUGGUUUGACAACAUGCAGCAAGAUGACAAAUUGAGGCAAACAAUGGAUUUGAUCAAUUUUAAUAUGAUGCAUUUGUAUUUGUAAAGAAUGUCCACUUUAUUCAUGUCAUAUUAUUUUCCAAUAUUGAGGCUACAACUUAAAUUUAUAAUUUGACCAAAUUAGUGAUUUGUGAUUAGUAAGUACAUUUGUUAAUUACAUCUUUAAGGAUAAUAAAUCUUGCAUUUAUUAAUUAUUACUGAUCUGUCAAGUUC